AUGAAUGAGUGGGUGGGCCCCGACAUCAAUGUGGUGGGACCACUGCAAAUCCCACCCAGCGAUGAAUUCUCCAUCUCUGAGAGUUCCCACUUGUUUGAUAUUCUGGCAGAUCAAGGCAGUCCUCUUCUGCAAGAUCCUGACAUCCUACCUUUCAACAGUUGUCCCAGCAUGCAGUACCCCUCCAUGGAGCCGGCCAUGUCUUCCACACCAUAUUACUUCAGUCAGAACUACUACCCUCAGUAUAAUGGAGAUGAGUGGUACUCACACACAGGGAUAUAUGAACUGAGAAAAGGACCACUGGAUGUCAGCUAUGAUGCUGAGAUGGACGAGGUGUCCACGGCGGUGCCUGCUGUGUGCAAGAGGACCCGACACAUGUCUCAAGGUGGAAGGGUCAAAGGGGAGGAACUGUGUGUAGUGUGUGGAGACAAGGCCUCUGGAUACCACUAUAAUGCUCUCACCUGUGAGGGAUGUAAAGGUUUUUUUAGACGGAGUAUAACAAAGAACGCUGUGUACAAAUGCAAGAGUGGGGGGAACUGUGAGAUGGACAUGUAUAUGCGCCGGAAAUGCCAAGAGUGUCGACUACGAAAGUGCAAAGAAAUGGGGAUGCUGGCAGAAUGUCUGCUGACAGAGAUUCAGUGUAAAUCCAAAAGGCUUCGGAAAAACACAAAAGCCUCCCCUGGACAGUCAACUGGAGAUGAGACAGAGGGGGCAGAAACCGCAGACAACAAACAGGUCACAUCAACCACCAAACUGUCAAAGGAAAAAGUUGAGAUCACCAAAGAGCAGCGGACACUUAUGAGGCUUAUUGUAGAUGCUCACAACAGACAUCAAAUUCCUCAAGACAUCACUAAAAAACUGCUACAAGAACAGUACAGUGCAGAAGAAAACUUCCUCCUGCUGACAGAAGUGGCAACAAAUCAAGUUCAAGUUCUUGUGGAAUUUACAAAGAAUAUACCAGGUUUUCUUUCUCUGGAUCAUGAAGAUCAGAUUGCUUUGCUGAAAGGUUCAGCUGUGGAGGCCAUGUUUCUGCGCUCAGCUCAGGUUUUCAGCAGGAAGAUGCCCAACGGAUACAUAGAAGUUUUGGAGGAGAGGAUUCGCAAGAGUGGUAUAUCAGAGGAGUUUAUCACACCAAUGUUCAACUUUUACAAAAGCAUCAAUGAACUGCACAUGGUGGAGGAAGAACAGGCCCUCCUCACAGCCAUAACCAUCCUCACACCAGAUCGGCCGUAUGUAAAGGAUCAGCAGGCGGUUGAGAGACUUCAGGAGCCCAUGCUGGAUGUGCUGAGGAAGCUGUGUAUCCUGCAGCAUCCACAGGAGCCACAGUACUUUGCUCGUCUCCUGGGUCGUCUGACUGAGCUGAGAACACUCAACCACUACCACGCAGAGAUGCUCACGUCCUGGAGGAUGAACGACCACAAGUUUACCCCGCUACUCUGUGAGAUCUGGGAUGUGCAGUGACUGCUCAGCUGAAAAAGCAAUAAAGGGCAAAUUUGAG